UGCUUGGAUUUGGGUCCCCUGUGAUCGAGCCUUGUACUUUCGCUCUCUCUAAUAUUUUUAUUUCAACUUGUCCUGCGAUUGACUCUCCAUCGAAUUCGACAAAUUAUAAGGAGGCCAUUGAGCGUUCCAAAUGCCUUGCAUUCUCAGCCAGAGAGAGAGGGAGAGAGGGUUGGUGGUGAGGAGAUCGGAAACCCUCGGAGAUGGACAUGGGAGGAAUGGAUCACGGCGGUGCACCACCGGCAGCGGCGAGCAAGAAGGUGAUCAUGCACAUGAGUUUGUACUGGGGGAAGGACGUGUGGAUUCUGUUCGCUGACUGGCCGGGCACCAGCCUCGGCCAGUACAUACUCUCCCUGAUCAUUGUCUUCUUGGGGGCAGUCAUCGUCGAGUGGCUGGCCUUUCUGAAGACCAACCAGAAGCCUGGCCUCAACCCCAUCCCCACUGGCUUCUUCCAAGCCGUCGUCUACGGGUUCCGUGUGUUCUUUGCAUACUGCGUGAUGCUUGCGGUCAUGUCGUUCAAUUUGGGGGUGGUGAUCGUGGCCGUCGUUGGCCAUGGAGUGGGCUACUGGCUCUUUGGAACCCAGGCCUUCAAGAAGAAAUCCGUUGAACCGACCCUGAAGGAUGGUGGGCAGUGCUGCUGAGCAGUCACGGCCUUGCAGAAGACUUCGCAGCAAAUAAGUGGCAGCAG